GCGUCGCGCCGGAAGCAGGCUGCGCAGAGGGUUGGCUGGCAGGGUGUACCUGUAUUGGUCGUGUUGCUCGGUGCGGUGCAGGCUUUGCGGCUCUGUUGUAACAGCUGAUGUUACUAGAAAAGAAUUUGUUCUUUAGAAGAGCACGGUGAAGGGCUUUAACGACGUUCUCAAGACCAGAUACUGUUUAAACAGAGACAGCUAUGGACUCUGCAAACCAAGAUAUAAACCUCAACUCUCCCAACAAAGGCCUAGUUUCUGAAGGCAUCCGAGAUGUGCCGGUUGAAGGAGCUAUGGGAACUACAGAACCUGUUGGUUUAACUGAAGAAGAAGCAGAAGAAAUGAAAAUUGAACUUGCCAAGGUAGAAGAUGAGAUCAUUACCUUGCGUCAGGUGCUUGCUGCCAAAGAGAGACAUGCUAGUGAGAUCAAAAGAAAACUGGGGCUAACUCCACUGAAUGAGCUGAAGCAAAACCUCACUAAAAGUUGGCAAGAUGUACAGACAUCCUCUGCCUAUGUGAAAACCAGUGAAAAACUUGGGGAGUGGAAUGACAAAGUUACCAGUUCUGAUGUAUACCUUUCAGCCAGUGCCACUGUGGAUGAAAUAACCCAGUCACAUGCAUAUAAGAAAACUCAGGAAACACUAGCUCAGGCUGGUCAGAAGACUUCUGCUGCACUCAACACUGUGGGCUCAGCAAUCAGCAGGAAAUUUGGAGAUAUGAGAGCACUCCCUUUCUCACAUUCAUUUGGCAGUUACUCCAUUCGCCAUUCAAUAAGUAUGCCUGCUAUGAGAAACUCUGCAACGUUUAAGUCCUUUGAAGACAGAGUUGGAAGUAUAAAGUCUAAAGUUAUUGGUGGCAAAGAAAAUGGUGAAGAGGUGCAUUCUCCAACUGAAGAAAAACCAAUGCAAGACAAGGCUCCUUUCUAAACCACUUAUUCUUCUCUCCUGCCCCAGCCAAAUAUCUGUAAAACUCCGUUAUCACAGAAGCCCUUGCACUUAACAUGUAAACUGCACCAUAUCCACAAAAGUACAGCAUGUGCAUAAGUUUAAUUUUACAGUGCAGAUAUUAGUCAGGACAGUACAAAAGCUUUCACUAGAGUUAUAAAAUCUUUGAUAACCAUUUUUUUCUAACAAAUUUUACACAUUACAAAAUGUUUUUACAUAAAUUUUAUCAUUGCACUGCCUUAUGGCAUUUAUAUGUGAGAGCUUAAAUGCAUAAAGAUGUUACACUAUUUUGUACCUUAAAAUAAUGUUCACAUUAAUACACAAACUCUAAUUUUUUUUUUUACAUGUAGUAAAAAUGUGAAGCCAAGCUUUUAUGUAUUAAGAUGAGAAUGUGGAAUCAAAUGUCUAAUGUCUGCCUUAUCACUUUAUCUAAACCUGAUUUUUUUUUUUUUUUAAAUAAGUUGCUCAAGAAAUGAAUGCUGCCAAAAUAAAUAAUGAACAUCUAAUUAAGGAGAAACAAAAAUUUUAACAUUGGUUAUUGGUGCAUGAUUUUGUGCCAUAUAAUUAUUACUGUAUAAAGCAUACAAGAAUGCAGUAGUGUUGAACAUUUUGUUUCAAAAUUUAGGAAACCUGAUGAAUAUCACUUUUUGCAAUGUGUAUUUAGUUAACCAACUAUAUAAUCUGGACCUUGAUUACUCAAAAUAUUCAAGUUUAAUGGAACUUGUAUAAUGUUAACAUAUUCACAGGGCUGAAAUAUGUUUUGGUAAUUAUUUGGGUUGCAGGAAAGGGAAAUCCUACUUUUUCAUCAAGGUAUUAAUUUACAUAGUACUUUAGCUUUUUUUUUUUUCUUUUUUCUCUCCAGGGUUUUUUUUUCUUUUGCUUUUCAACGUAAAUGAGAAAAUUUAACUGCGUUAAUCCUUAUAUUUAAAAAAAAUAACUUUUUAAAUAUUUUAAAAUGUAUACACAUAUUAGACUAUUUGACUGUGAGGUGUAACUGCAGAGAUUAUAAAUUAGUACUGAAGAACUAUAAGGUCAUAUUUCUGCUUUUAUAGCUGCAAAUUAUAAACUUAAGACUAAAGCAGACUGGGGUGCUUAUGGGUAUACCUUUGUAAUAAACCUAGAAAACAUAACUAUAAUAUAAAUAUACCGAGGCACAAGAGAUGGGAAGAUAGUUGGUGUAGCUAGAUAAAAAGGGAUCAUUGUCUGUGAUACAUACAAGUGGCACAUUGGAAGUUGCAUUUUCUUUAGAAUGUUUAUGAUGAAAAAUUAUCAAUAAAGCAUUCCUUUAAAAGUC